AUGACUUGCAGAGCUCCGCUUGGGCCCUUGUUACGAUCGGGAUAUUCCCUGCUUGUGGUGGUUGCAUUGCUGGCAUGGAUGGCCAGCGCUCGACCAUUGCACAGACGAGCGGUCGAGGAUCGCUUCCACUGGGUUGGGAUCUGGAGUGCCAUGCCCCAGUUGGUCGAGCCGUCCAAUCUCCCCCCAGUGCCUUUUAAUGGUGCCGCGGCGGUAUUUAGCAACAGCACCAUCCGCCAGACUAUUCAGAUUGCACUCGACGCACAGGAUAUCCGUCUCCGCGUGUCGAAUGCCUUCGGCGUGAAUGAUUUGAGCAUACCCAAUGUGGCGUUGAGCCUCCCGGCGACACAGCAGGCGGGAACCAGCGCCCUGCAGGUCGGCUCCACAACCGACGUUUUGUUUAGUGGCAUUCCGAGUAUCAUCAUCCCCGCCGGGGGGCUGGCGGUCUCGGAUCCUAUUCAAUUGGCCGUCGCCACCCAAUCGGUUGUGAUGAUCGACAUGUAUCUUGCACACGGCCAAGAAGGGGCUGCCGGCAGGAAUCGCAUCCUGCAUGACAGUCUGGGUCCUAAUGUCGUCAGUCGCAUCGAUCGGGAUGUUCUUGCCCAACCCGGGGUGAAAUAUGCCAUGCUUUUCGAGGGAGUGAACGACAUUGACGUGGCAGACACGGACGUCCCGUCUCAAACGGAAAUUGGAGACCAGCCCAUCUUUGCCUAUCGACAACUCGCAACGCGAAUCCACGCUGCCGGUCUCCCUUUCUUUGGUGCGACCAUUACGCCGUUUGGUUCCCCCUCGACCUCUGACUAUGUUCAACCUUACUCGGAGGGGAGAGAGAAACGGAUCAAUGCCUUUAACCGAGAAAGUGGAGUUUUUGACCCGGUGCUGGAUUUUGACCAGGUCCUGAGAGACGCCGAGGCCCCCGGGCAACUCCGGGCUCAAUAUGAUUCAGGGGAUCACCUUCAUCCUAAUGAAGCCGGCGAUCAAGCGCUGGCGGAUUACUUCCCACUGGACCUUUUCGUGGAGUGGGGCGCAACUUGA